AUGGCUGCGAUAGCUUUGGCCACAGACACCCAGCCACGAUCAACGAGUGAAGUUUCCACAGAAGGAGAGGCAUUGCUGGGAGCAGAGAUGGCGGCGGUCGUAAGUGACGAGGGCAACCAUAAGGUUCGCCAAGAAGGCGGCGCUGGCCAGGAUUGUGUCCCAGCGGCGGGAAGGGAACAGUCCCGGGAGGUGGAGGGGACGAAGAAUGAAGCAACUCCCACACAAGAUGGGAGACCUGGUGACGAAAACAGGGAGGAAUCUGCAGCGGAAGCGGAGGAGUCACUGAAGAGGGAGAAAAGCGGUGCCGGGAGAGACGAGCAUGACGGGCGGUGCUUGUCGACUGAGGGAAGACAGGAAGCAAGCAGGGAUAAGGAAAUCGAGUUCUCCACCGAUGCUGGCACAACUGUAGCCUCAUCCGAGACUCAGUCCAAUGCGCCCAUUGUGGAGAAACGCGAGGACACGAGCUCCGACAACAGGGAGGCAAGUUCUCCUUGUGGGGGCGUAGUUACGCCAGCGGCUGAGUCAUCAGAGACCGCGGAUGGCACAAGCAAUGAGAGUCAUGCAAAACCUGACGCCUCAGAGGCUACAGAAUCACCGGACGUGGACGCUAGGGAAGCACAUGACCAGCCGCGGGGGAGUUCUCAGGAACAAAAGCGGAAAGUGACGCCGUUGACGGGCACAGACACACAGGGAGCUCCAGCUGAUUCUCCAAGUGCCCGGAAUCCGCAGUCGCCGAGCUUGGAUUUAAGGGGUGAGGUAGAGAUCGAAGACCAUGUAGAACCUGUAGCAGACGAGAAGACAGACGACAGAGCCGCCACCGAAGGGGAAGAAAAGUCCGGUGCUGCGUCUUCAGGCGAGAAGGCCGAGGCAGCGACUCAGAAAGGCAGUGGCGAGAAGAAAUUGAGAAAGAAGAAGAAAAAGGAGAAGAAAACUGUUUUCGAAAGCAUACCGGAGCCGUCGAAGGCUCAUACCGGCUCUCGGGCGCCGGCUCUUGCACGGAAAGAAUCACAAACUGUCUUCGUGUCGGAGCCCGUAAGCCAAAGUGUCGCUCACUUUCGAGCCUGUGAAAAGGCGCCGGAGAAACAGCAAGUUCAGACCGUUUUUGAGGCCCAGAAGGCGGAGAGAAGUGUGGCGCAUGUUCGGUAUGGGGAUAAACCGGCGGAUAGAAAGGAAGGCCCUACUAUCUUCGAGGCGCAAAAAUCAACGACGAGCAUUGCAGAUUUCCGUGCUGGGGACAAGGUGGCGGAUCGGAAAGAGGGGCGGACUAUCUUUGAGUCGCAAAAAUCAACGACGAGCAUUGCAGAUUUCCGGGCUGGGGAUAAACCGGCUGAUAGAAAGGAAGGCCCUACUAUCUUCGAGGCGCAAAAAUCAACGACGAGCAUUGCAGAUUUCCGUGCUGGGGACAAGGUGGCGGAUCGGAAAGAGGGGCGGACUAUCUUUGAGUCGCAAAAAUCAACGACGAGCAUUGCAGAUUUCCGGGCUGGGGAUAAACCGGCGGAUAGAAAGGAAGGCCCUACUAUCUUCGAGGCGCAAAAAUCAACGACGAGCAUUGCAGAUUUCCGUGCUGGGGACAAGGUGGCGGAUCGGAAAGAGGGGCGCACUGUGUACGAAAGCGAGCCUAAGGAGUCUGCGGCGACUGUUAGAUACGGCGUGCAACUGAAGAAAACUGACGACGCGUCGAGUUCGAGGACGGUGUUCGAGAGCCAACCCCUGCAGUCUAAAGCGAGCUUCAAAUACGACUCGAGGCCGGAUUCCGUCAGCAAGGGCCCCACGGUUUUUGAGAGUCAGCCGACUUUGACACGCGCAUCGACAUCCUGGAGAGAUCGCAAGACAGAUUCCAACGUGACAACGACUGUCUUCGAGAAUCAGCCCAAGAUCGUCCGGGUCGACGCAUCAGCAAAUCGCCCUCUGUCGUCGAGCAGCAGCGAGUACGAGACGGACACAGACGAAGAUGAUGAAGAGUAG